AAGCACAAAGAGUUUUCAUCUCUUUCUCGACUCUCCUUCCUAUUUCUUUCCUUGUACAAGUUGAAGACAGUUCAAUCUUAGCUUUUUCUCGUCAACUCACAGCUACUUCUUUAUCUCUACUCUCCAAUUUCUAUAUAUAUAUUGCUCUUUCUUGGGUUCUCUAGUGGAAGUUUAGUUUUAUAAUAGCAGCUUGUUCAACUACUAUAAAGAUUUUCAUUGCAAAGACAAGAUUUGAAGCCUAUGGAAUAUACAAACUAUGUCAAUACCUCCUUGGAUCUUAAUGCCAACCCUCGUCAACUCUUUAAUGUUCUCCCUGUGAAACAUGAGGCUCAGAGCAGUUUCAUUGAUUUUGGACUCAGCACUACUUCAUUACUUCAUGAUCAGAGUGGGGCCUUGGUUGAGGAGUUGAACAGAGUGAAUGCAGAGAACAAGAAGCUGACUGAGAUGUUAACUGUCAUGUGUGAGAAUUACAAUGCUUUGAGAAGCAAUUUGAUGGAAUACAUGAACAGGAAUCCAGAAGUUACUACAACUGAUGACAGUACUACAUCAUCCAAGAAGAGAAAGACCACAGAAAACACUAUCAAUAAUAACAACAAUGGUUCAGCUACUGCAGCAGCAGCAGGAGCUGUGGGAGCUGUGGUUAACAGAAGUUCAGCAGAGAGCAGCUCAAGUGAAGAAGACACUACUUCAUUCAAGAAAGCAAGAGAAGAACACAUCCAGGCUAAAAUCUCGCGGGUUUAUACGCGAAGCGAGCCUUCUGAUACCACAGGACUACUAGUUAAAGAUGGUUAUCAAUGGAGGAAAUAUGGCCAAAAGGUCACCAGGGAUAACCCUUGCCCUAGAGCUUACUUCAAAUGCUCUUUUGCCCCUACUUGCCCUGUCAAGAAGAAGGUUCAGAGAAGUGUUGAGGAUCAAUCUAUCUUAGUAGCAACGUACGAGGGUGAGCAUAACCAUCCUCACCCUGCUAAAGUUGAGGCCAAUAACUCGGGUUCUAACCGAACUGCAUCGACUCUGAGUUCAGUUCCAGGCUCAGCCUCUCUCAACACAUCGAGACCUGUUAAUAACACAAUUACGCUUGAUUUAACAAAAUCCAACAAGUCCAAUGAAGAUGCCAUUAAAUCUUCUGCACCUAAGGUUGAGUCGCCAGAGUUUCAGCAGUUCUUGAUAGAUCACAUGGCUUCUUCGUUAACAAAAGACCCAAGUUUCAAAGCAGCGCUUGCCGCAGCAAUCUCAGGACAGAUUCUCCGACAGAAUCAGACCGAGAAAUGGUGAAGUUACAGUUGAAGAAAAACUUCGACAAGAGUCAUCUCAAAUUUAUGCUACUCGAUUUCAGCUAGAAGUGUCCGACUCGAUAAUAUUUUGAGACUAUUUCUCAAAUAUUUCUUUGAACAAUUUUAGAGAAAUAGAGGCGGGCCAGCCCAUUAUUGGUGUAAAUAGCACAUGGAGGAAAAGAAAAUAGCUGUUAGAAGUCAAAAUUGGAGUCUGAAAAUUUAUUCACAGUUAGAGGACGAAUUAGAUUACAACCAGAAGUUUUAAAUGACAUAUCGGCUUGUAUUUCCCACCAGCUAUUCUCAAAUGUUCAUACGCGAAAUUCUUCUUGGCGUAAA